AUGGGUCGAGAUCCAUAUUAUCAGACCUCCGACCAAUGUAACUUGAAAUGGAAUCUUGUGAACAAACUCGUGACACAUUGGAAUGAAAUUUAUACAAACUUUGAAAAGCAAUGGGCUAGAGGAGAAAGUGAACCGAGUUUGUUGAAAAAAACGCAAGCUACAUUCCAAGAUGAUAUGUUAAAGCUUUUUAAGUUUAUUCAUGGGUGGGACGUUGUCAAAAGAAGCAUUAACGUUAAUCUUAAUGAUGAUAACGACGACAUCGAAGAAAUACACUUGCCUCCUCCUCCAAUGGGAAGAGACAAAACAAAAGCUCAAGCAAGAGGAAAAGGAAAAGGGAAAGCGACAUCUUCAAAUUCGUCAGUCGGAACUGAGCGGUCAGCUAGAUCGGAGAAAAUGAUGACACAAAUGAUACAAUUGAAUUCAACUUUGGAGAGGCAUAUGGCUGAAACCAUCCGACUCACAGAAUAUUCGUUGUUAAUGCAAGAUGUGAGACACAUCGACCCCCAAAGAUCAAGAGGCGGCUAA